CGUAUCCUGCACAGAGGGGCCAGGCGCAGGGCGUGACACCGUUAUAACCUCUUUAAAAGGCCGCCUCGAUCAGCUGUUACUCCGCCGCUGCCUGGAGGGAAGGACGAGGCGGCCACGCGUGUACUUUCUUCAGUCUUUUCCUUGUGUGGCGGCUGGCAGGCGUGAUGAGGCUGCUCGGGGUGGUGACAGUGGUGCUCGUAGUGGGCGUGUGUCACGGGGGAAUACUGUCCUGGCUGUUCAAGAAGAAAAACACCGGGGAGGCGGCAGACCAGCAGCAGAAGGGCGUCCCCGCGGCUCCAAGUUCAAACGGGGAUGCAGGAGGCAGCAUGGAAAACAAUGAAGGUGCUGUGGCUGUAAAAAUACCAUUUGAGAUCAAGUCUUCAGAUGAGAAGUUCUUAAAGGCAGCCACGGAGCUGGGUGCCAUCAAGGAGUCUGUGCUGGACAUGUGUCACCACAAGGUAAUCCUGGGUCUCCAGAAGUCUUGUGCACAGCUCAAUGAAGAGGACCUAUCCAAGGUGUCGGUCAACCUCCUCAACUGCCAGUCAGCUGUUGAGAACCGAGCAGUGUUUCCUUGCACCAGUGACAUGUCACUUUCGGAUUGCACCAAGAACAUGGACUCCAACACCUGGAAUGCCUACCACAUCAUCUCUAACCGGGCACGUGCGGUGUGCUACGCGUCACGGCAGGAACAGUUUGGAGCCAAGACUCAGAUGGCAGUGAAUGUUUUAAUGCAUACUGCUGAGGAGCAGAUAAAGUCCAUGAAUGACUUGCAGCAAGGUCAAAGAGCACUAGGGGAUGCUACCUCUGAGACCCUGGAGUCCCUCAAUCAGGGGCAUGAACACCUCAGAAAGCAGCAGCAGCAACUGUCCACAGCACACCAGCACGUCCACAGCUACAUCUCCCUCAACCUGAGAGAACUGUCAAGAGAGAAGAAACUGAUUGCGUCUGGACAGAGAGAACUUGCCCUUAUAACAGAGUCAAUAAAAAGAAAAAUUGAGGAGGCAAAGAAGCAGUUGAUGAACCAAGAAGAUAACCAGAGGGCCAGCCAUGAGCUGAUUCUCCAGGACCUCUCCAGGAUACAGGACAAUGCACUCCAGAUCUGGCAGAAGCUGGAUGCCAGUACACAGAACAUCUUGCAAGCCCAUGAAGAAACAGUGCAGCAGUACGGACGCCUGACGGAGGACAUGCAGCGGAUGAACUCCACGGUGCACCACCUGAUGGAUGUUCUGCAGACCACCAAGCAGGGUGUGGAGGAGAAGUUGUCCUGGAUCACCUCCCUCGUGGGUGGCACUGACAACACAAUCCAGAAGGUGUACAGCUGCAUCCUCCACGCAGGCUACUUCUUUGUGGGGAUGGUUUCAGCCAGCUUCCUGCAGGUGCCGUACUUCACACGCGUGGCCUUGGUUGUUUUGGUGCCGCUGAAUGCACUCUCGGAGAUAAGGCACGACACGUGUCUGCAGUUCUCCACGCUUACCACGGUCAUGGCCCUCUGCAUUAUAGGAAACCUGAUUUUCUCAUGGCUUUGGAGCAUCUUUCGUCGGCGUAAGAAGUCAGAGUUCUUGCAGAAUGGUGUUCUUCAUCAGUCGCUUUGCUGCUCCUUCACUGAAGCAACACAUGUGUCUCCCAUGACGCACCUCCCUGGAAAGCCCCUUGAGAGGACAGAGGAACUCAUUGAUCACUCAACAAAAGGGUCUCUAAAUUCAUCCCUGUCUGACUCUAUACCUUUGGCCUGUGAUUUCUCCAGUGAUGAAGAGCCUGCACCAUUGACACCACCAAGCUUCUCGGUCCUCAGAAAAAGAAUAUUUGGCAGUUUAAGCAGCAAAGGAAGUGGAAACGGAGGUCUUCUUGAUGCACACAAAGAGGAAGACAGUAAUGAAGACUCGGAGCCAGGAAGUCUUACAGCAGAAAGGAACAAAGACUUGGAGACAUCUGCUAAGACACUCUCCAAUGUGCGACGUCACCUUCUCAGCCACAUGAACACCUACCAGCCAAAGUCCUUCCUCCCCAACAUAUCACUAGACAGCAGAGACAUGGCCACAAGCAGUCCAAUGAGAGACUCUGUUCUGGAUCAAAGCCUGUCCUCAAGAAGCCUAACGCCUCGGAAACUCUGUGCAUCAGUUUGUAAGAAUGGACAGUUGUGUCGCAAUACUGCUGUGGGGGACAAUUUGUAUUGCCAUAGACACAUUGGUGGAGGCUCCCGAGAGAGCACCCCAUUCUCCAGGAGGGGCUCGCGACGAACCACUCCCCUGCGGAGUUGAUGGAUGGACUCCAGAGGCCAGCAGAAUCAGUGGCGCAAGUUGAGUGUGUGUUUGAGAUGCCGAGGAAUUUUAUUUAUGGACCUUUUCACUUGGUAAUUUCAAAUGUACAUGUAACGUGUCACUGAGGAACUUCAAACAUAAACUUAACUAGAAAUAAUAAACUCUAACUUUUUGUUCUCAGUUCAAUAGUAGAUGUAGUCCUGUAAUCUGAAAUAGAGUUGACUACCUUUGCUUUAUGAGGAUUUAUUGAACAGUUUAGCUGUCUGAUACAUUACUCAUUUGUAUUUCAUUGGCACAUUAUUAUAUUAAGAAAAUCCAUAAAGGAUUUGUAGUCUUCUAUAUCUUUUGUGAAAUUACAGGAGUACAUUUUCUCUUCUUCAUGCAUUUGUUACCAGAUUAUGUAAAAUGAUUUACUUAAUGCCUCUCCUUUUAUAGUUUUUUUUGGUAUGUGAAGUGUUGGUUGGUGAGUUGCCUCUUGUGUUGUGUCCUCAGAGUUAUGUUGAAGUGAUGGUGUGUGACUUCAGAGCUGUGUGGUUGGGAAGAGUGACUUUAACAGCCACCUCAAAUCGUGCUAAAUGAUGUAUACCAGCCAUUCAGGUGCACAUCAGAUUUGUGAUAGUAUUUACAUGGGCAGUAGAACAUGAUAUAGGUGUGGAUUCCAUUAGCGGCAAUAUUUUUAACUUUUAUAUACAUUUUAACAACUACUGGUCCCCUUUUUAACCCUAAACCAUUGUUAGUUCCAGAUAUUAAGGGGCUGUGAGACAUCUUUGGUGUCACUAAUGUUCUUUUAGUAUGUUCUCCAGUUUGUAUGCACCUUUCUAGUCGGUUCAUAUGUUGGAAAAUAAAACUGGAAAAUGGAGUUGAUUUAUACAAAUGCACAAGUGUCAAAAUGGUUGCUCAGUAUUUAUUUCAACAAUAUUUUAUUUUCACAUCAAAUCAGUUUUCCAUAGUAGUUUUUUCUGAUGUGAGCAGUAAGUGGUAAAGUGCAAACAAGCUGGUGAGCCAUCAUGAGUUCACAGUCAUUGGCAGGGGUCUGGACAGCAGUGUGGACCAUCUCACAAAGCAUUCCUUCCUUCUCUGACGAAGCACAUAUCUUUUAUCCUUGUUUCCCUGUUUUAACUAUUUUUAACUGAGGCCGUCAUGACUCCCCAAGUGGUGUGUCGACAGGCAGCCGGGUAGAUGAUGAUGAUGAUGAUGAUGGUGCUGUAAGUGAGAGAUUUUGUGAUGUAGUAGUUAUGAUAUGACAGUACCCAAACUUUAUACUAUAGUCAUUAAGUAAUAAAGAUUGAAGAUUCUUUUAUAA